AUGUUGAGAUGGGUGUGUGGAGUGACAAGGCUUGAUAGGAUUAGAAACGAGAGGAUUCGAGGAACAACUAAAGUGGUGGAAAUAUCGAAGAAAGUUCAGGAGAGAAGAUUGCAGUGGUAUGGGCACGUGAUGAGGAGGGAAGAUGAUUAUAUAGGUAAGAGGGUUUUGGAUAUGGAGGUGGAGGGGAGAAGGAAGAGAGGAAGACCAAGGAGAAGAUGGAAGGAUUGCGUGGAUGGAGAUAUUAGAGAGAAAGGCCUUGUUGGGGACGAAUACAAAGACCGAGGAGAGUGGAAACGUGCUGUCAAAAAUAGAGACCCCGUAUAG